UUCUUUUCCUGAACCGCCAUCGCGCGCCGUGCUCACUAUGCUGAUUUUCUCGGUCUUCAAGACGCUGACCGAUCAGCAAGUGACGGUCGAGUUGAAGAAUGACCUGUCGAUCACGGGCGUGUUGAAGUCGGUGGACCAGUUCCUCAAUAUCCGGCUAGAUGAUAUCAAGGUCCUCGAUGAGGCUAGGCAUCCGCAUAUGAUGGCGGUGAAGAACUGCUUCAUUCGCGGUUCCGUAGUGCGCUACGUGCAGCUCCCUACUGAGCACGUCGACACGCAGUUGUUGGAGGACGCAACAAGAAGAGAGGCGGCCAACCCCAACAAGAAGUAAAGGCCCUCACGAUGCAAUCUUGGACCUUUCUACUGUAUCUACCCUUGGGUUCUCGGUAUAUCCCAUUGUACUCUAGCGCGACGCUGUUAUGAAUGCAGGCACGGCAGCUCACUCAUCCGUUUCGCGUCGACCUUCGGAAGCGCCCUUUGCGCACCUGGAAGCGUUCUCCUCCGCUACUUAUGGUGCGUCGGCGGAGGCAGUAGCACACCAACGUUUGCGGAGCGGCUUCCAGGUUUAGCGCCGUACUAGCGAUCCUCGAUCGAGCUUGGAUGAUUCUCGCCUCGUCCUCGGUGAUGAGCCCCCCCUCUAUGUGCUAUGUAGUCCUUGUCUGAUUGACAGCCAAACGUUCAUCGCCUCUGACCU